UGCAAAAGCAGUCAAUAAGUAACGUUACAUCACAUAAAUAAUAUAUAUAUUCUGCUAAAUGCUUAUUAAAUCAGGUGAGUUGUUGGGUUCAUCUAGUGAACAUGUAUUGUGAUAACUCUCUAUCGAAGUGUUCAACAGUUCCGUGUUAUGGUUUCAGUGGGGUGGGGGUUUCCUUUGUGCGCGUGCAGCGGAGGCAGGGUGGAGCUGAGGGCGGGAUGCUCGGACGGGAACAGACGCACCGCCUGUCGAUUGGACCAGAAGCGGAGAGAAGGAAAGCGCCGCGAGAGUCCACCGGAGCUUAAAGACUUUGCAUGGGAUUUAUCUAUUUAUUUUUUCCCCCCCUUUCCUCCAGGACGGGAGGUUUGGAAGCACCUGUCCGCUUGAGCCGCAUUUCCCAACAAACUCCGAGCGAAGCUGAAGCAUGGACGCGGUUUUACCCUCCUCACCGUUAAUAUUAAUAUUAUAGGAGGUUCGUGCGAAGUUAUCCUUCCUUUCCUCUCGUCUCGCUGCUUAGUUUUGGGUUUUCCACCGAGCUUUAUGAGUUCGCCGCAGUUUCUGGGUCAGCUGCUCGGGGUCCCGCUAGAAAUAAUGCCCCCCACCAUGGAAAAGGACACAACUUACACCAAGAUCUUCGUCGGCGGGCUUCCCUACCACACCAGCGACGCCUCACUUCGGAAAUAUUUCGAGACUUUCGGGGACAUCGACGAGGCUGUGGUGAUCACGGACAAGCAGACGGGGAAAUCCAGAGGAUACGGCUUUGUGACCAUGGUGGACAGGGCAGCAGCAGAGCGGGCGUGCAAAGACCCGAACCCCAUCAUUGACGGCAGGAAGGCCAACGUGAAUCUGGCAUACCUGGGAGCAAAGCCUCGCAGCUCACAAACAACUCUUUCAGCUGGAGUUCACCAAGUCCUUCCUACGUGGGCUCAGAGGCAAUAUGGGUUCACCCAGCAGUACGUCUUCCCCCAGGCGUUCCUCCAGCCAAGCCUGCUGCUGCAGUCCCACCUGAGCCCCACCGCCACAGCCCUCACCUCCCCUUACCUGGAGUACGGCUCCGCCUACAGCCCCUACACCCCAUCGGGCCUGGAGCAGUACCCCUUCGUCCCCUCGCCGUCGCCCUCCACAGGCUACCUCAGCUACAGCUUCUCCCCGGGUACGCCGACGCCCGCGCUCACCGCUCCUCCCACCCCUCCAGCGGCCAUCCAUCCUCCCCUGGCCGCGCUGACCGCCGUGUCCGCCACGCCGCCGGCCUUCCUCCAUUACCCCCUCCACCAGCCCGACCGGAUGCAGUGAGCAGACCUGAGCAGCCAAUCAAAACACUUCUGCUGAUUGGAGUCUGGACCGGGUUUAUAAAAAGGGCUUUUUGAGUGAACUCUCUUUCCUCGGUGUAACAGAUAAUGAUCAUCCUGCGUUGUCGUCAGCACACACUGUGAAUGUUUUCCAGAACUGGCAGGAUCUUUUAGAUGCUUCUUAUGGGCAGGAGGGAACGUAAAGUAGAGACAAAUAGAAUUCCACCUGUCUGCCAUGUUGCUGCAGCUGCAUUUUCUCCAAAGGUACUGCACUGAAUUCUGGACUUCAGCCAAUCUGAGAGCCAGGUUCUCUCUGAAACACGGGGCCUGUUCCCUCUGCUUCAAGGUUACCUUUCUGUUUGUGAGGACGAUUUCUCUCUGCUCCCAACUUAUCAUUUUUAAUACUCUCUCCUUUCAGCGACAAACAAAACAAAGUUUAUUGUAGUCCCUCUUUGUUCCUGUUAUCUACUGCUAGGAGGUUAUAACCUGAGCAUCUUCACAGAAUAUGCAAUUAGGAUUACUAAGGAUGAGUAAGUACAAGGUAGGCAACACUGGCAUUUCAUUUUUUGUUGUUUUUCUAUUCCUAGAGCAUUACUCAGAGCACAACUCUGUCAGGAUUUAAACACAACAUUCAUAAGAUAAUUCUUUUUACUUCUUUUGUCUUCUGGACGCAUUUUUUUGUUUCUGUCAUUUUAUUGCCCUCCACAGCUAUUAGCAUUUAAAAAAAUGAAGACGCUCAAGAGAAAUUAAGUUGAAAAAAUCCCACAUUCAGAAAAAAUAAUUGUGCCAGAUUUACUAUAAUCUUUAUAUAAUAUAGAAUUUUUUUGUAUUUUAACAUUUCUUUUUAAGCUGAUCUGUGUCUUUUUAGUCAUAUUCUACUUCUUGUGAGUUAAAUAUGACACAAGAAAGGAAUUAAUAUAUCUUAGCCACUCUCCAAACAGGAAGGGCGAGUAAAUGGCUUCAAUAAUUUAAAUAAGCAAAACCUAAAUUAUUCAUAUGUAAAAAUGCACCAAUGUUAAGCAUGGUGGCGGAUGUGUGAUGCUGGGGGUCUGUUUAUCUCAUAAAAGCCUAGGGAACUUUGCUAUAAGCAUGAGAUAACUAGCUCUUUCAAGUGUUGGGGCGUUUUAAAUAAAAAAAUCUGGUUUACUUCACCAGAAAACUGAAAGAGCUGAAAAUAUUUUUGGUCUAAUUUCUAGUGCAAAUAUAUUAGUACACUUGAAAUAAGACAAACCUAAUUCACAAGUAACUUUUUAGGAGCUUUUUUUAGGUCAAUAAUUCCAUAAUAUUGAUGAAAAAGUACUUGCUCCAUUGACAGAUUAUUUCAUAUCUAAUAUGGGAAAUUGCCAUAAUAAGUGAAAUAAUCUGCCAGUGGAACUGGAACUUUUCAUCAAUAUUAAGGAAUUAUUAUCUUAAAACAAGCUCCCAUAUCUAGGUGCAAAUUACUUGUAAAUUAGUUUAGUUUUAUAUCAAGUGUACUGAUAUACAAUAUUUACAUUAGACCCAAUGGAGUUGCUAAGACUUUGUAUUUUUGUAGUCUGGAAUCAUUAAGUAACUAAUUACACUGUAAAAGCAGAAAGUAUUUUUUGUCUGGUUUUUAGUGCAGAAAUCUUAGUGCUCUUCUAAUAAAACAAGACUAAUUUACAAGAAACUUUUCAGCUAGAAAUAGGAGCUUUUGUUAAUAACUCCUGAAUAUUACAUUUAAAAAGUACCAGCUAUAAAUAAAAUAAUCUGCCAGUGAAAAAAUACAUUUUUUCCAUUUUAUAAGUGAAAAUGUCCACGAAGUAUAACUAUUUAAGGAAUAAUUGACUUAAAACAAGCUCCAGUUUCUUGCUUUCAAGUGCACUAAGAAAUUGGUCAAAAUAUCUGGUAAGGAUAUUGGUUUGCCAAUAUAUGUGGAGGGCAUUGAAAUGUGUGUUUGAAUGUUGGUAGUCUGUAUGUGUGAAUGGGACUCAGAGCGUUGCAGCAUGCUGCAGAGCUCUCAUCCAGCCUCUUGUACCAUUGUCCAGUUUUCUUUUUUUCUUUUUGCUACUUUAUAUAGUCAGGUUCUUUAGCUAAGAUAAAGGAGUCUUCUGGUGUGGAAGACUGUGGCACCAAUGUUAGUGGUCUAAACCAAGCCAUAUGUCAGAUUUUAAACAAAUAUGCAAAAUAAAAAUGAAUGUGUGAAAUGG